CAAGGUUAGUUCAGGCUAGCCUCCAGCUUUCAAUCCUCCUUCCCCAGACUCUGUGCUGGGAUUUUGGUCAUCCACCAUCACUCCCAGUGUUCUCUUCUUUUCUUUGCUUGUUUGAGACAGAGCUUUUCUGUGUAGCCGUAGCUGUCCCGGAACUCACUAUGUAGACCCAGCUGGCCUUGAACUCACAGAGCUCCAACCACCUCUUCCUCCUGAGUGCUUCCACAGCACACCUGCUGGUUUCCCUUUAGAAGGCUAAUCAGCUAAGCUAGCUGUUGUCUUGGAGUGCCUGUGGGUAAGGGUUCUGAGGGCUGUCCGUCAGUGGGCAGGCUUUCCUCCUAAUCUUUAGGGAGUUAGGGGUUGUCUAGACCAGCGUUCUCAGUCUGUGAGGCGAGACUCUUCUGGGGGUCAAACAACCCUUUCAUGGGUGUCAUCUAAGGCCAUUGGACAAGACAGAUAUUUACAUUACAAUUCAUAACAUUGGCAAAAUUACAGUUAUGAAGUAGCAACAGAAAUCAUUUUAUGGUUGGGGUCCCCACAACAUGAGGAGCUGUGUUAAAGGGUCGCAGUGUCAGGAAGGGUGAGAACCACUGCUCGAGACCACACUGUCUUUUCUUCAGUCACAUGCAGGCUUUUUUAACUUUUGGGGACAGUAGGCAGAGCAAUAUGGGGAUCUCAGUAAGUGGGCAAUUCAGGAAUCUGUUGGCACUUUCUUGUGGUGCCAUACUGGGGAAUAAAUCCAGGGUCUAACACAUGCUAAGUAAGUACUCUACUACUGAGCCAUAUCCUCAGCACACAUUCCCCCUCCCCCUUUUUUUAAAAUUUUGAGACAGAGUCUCAGUUGCCCAGGCUAGUCUUGAACUCGUCACCCUCCUGCUUCAGUGUCCUGGGCAACUGGGCUGACUGCUAGCCCCUCAUGGGGGCAGCAUGGAAGCGGUACUUCCCAUUUUGCUCAUCACUGCUCUGCCUGCAGGGCUUCUCAAGCAGGGCUGAGGAGCUUUCUGCUCUUUCCUGAUAUGUUGGAAGCGAAUUUCCGGUCCUGCUGCCCCAGGGGACCCAUCUUGUCAGAUUCCAGUGUUGUGGCUGGCACUGACUUCCAGGUCUCUAAGCUGGACUAUAGCACGUCCCCGGAUGUUUCUGGAGGCGUUGGGAAGGUGGUGGUGCUUCUCCUGGCUUGCUGUAUUGGGAGGACUGGGGUUCUGAGAGGGUGCAAGAGCCCGUUGGAGGCUGGGGAGCCUGGCUGGCUUUCAUCUGCACUUUCUGGGGUCCUCUGAGGGCUCCCUGGGAAGCCCUCUGUCUGGCCUUGUGGAAACUGAGGUGGCAGUGUGCCACCUUUCCCUGAGUGGCCCAGCUCUGGCCUAGGUUGGACACUGCUCCAUUGUACUGUGUAUUCUGAAGCAGCACUUGUCACAGCCUUUGACCCCCACAGUCUCUUCGAGUUCUUUCCCUCGGAGUCUGUGGGCAUAGGCCUGGCCGGGUGGCAGCUGCAGCUGUGGGCGGGUUGGUUCUUACAAGCCAGUGUUCAGAGUCCUGGUGCAGCCUGGCAGCAGUGUUUGGGAACUAGAGAGACUGGGAGCUUUCCACAAUAGCUGCCUUCUCGGCCAACCAGAGAGCCUUGUUGUAUGGGUCAGUAAGCUGGACUCACUGUUGGCAAGGGGGAGUGUUGGUCUCUCCAGGAGUGCUUUCUGGUGGUGGGAAGCCCCUGAGUCCCACACUCCAGAGCUGGGCUGCUCACACACCCAGCUGUCUGUUUAUAUGGAGUGCCUGGAGGGCGUCUGCCAUGAGUCUGUUGCUAACACCACUAACCAGGAGAGCUGGCUGGCUGGCGAGAAGACACUAACCCUGAGCUCUUGGCUGGAGGAAGUGGAGGGGCCGUGGGAUGUGGAGAGCCAAAAGCUAACUCCAGGACAGCAGAGCAGAGCACGCUGCCAGCGGACAGACGGUAGACGAGCCUGCACCUUCCUUCCAGAAUGACCAGUGCUGCCCCUGCUAAGAAACCGUACCGGAAGGCACCUCCAGAGCAUCGGGAGCUGCGUCUGGAGAUCCCUGUGUCCCCGCUCGAGCAAGAGGGGCCCCUGACUGACGCAGAGAGGAUGAAACUUCUGCAGCAGGAGAAUGAAGAGCUUCGCCGACGCCUGGCCUCAGCCACCAGACGCACUGAGGCCUUGGAGCGGGAGCUGGAAAUAGGACAAGACUGCCUGGAACUGGAGUUAGGCCAGAGCCGUGAGGAACUGGACAAAUUUAAAGACAAAUUCCGCAGGCUGCAGAACAGCUACACAGCUUCCCAGCGGACCAACCAGGAGCUCGAGGACAAGCUGCACACACUGGCCUCUCUUAGCCACAGCUGGAUUUUUGCAAUCAAGAAGGCUGAGAUGGAUAGAAAGACCCUGGACUGGGAGAUUGUGGAGCUGACUAACAAGCUGCUGGAUGCCAAGAAUACCAUCAAUAAGCUGGAGGAGCUCAAUGAGCGGUACCGGCUGGACUGCAACCUGGCUGUGCAGCUCCUCAAGUGCAACAAGUCCCACUUCCGGAACCACAAGCUUGCUGAUCUACCCUGUGAGCUGCAGGACAUGGUCAGGAAACAUCUGCGUAGUGGUCAGGAGGCCGCCAGCCCCAGCCCUUCUUCCAGCCUGGCCGCAGGGGCUGUGGUGCCUACCUCAGUCAUUGCCCGGGUGUUGGAGAAACCGGAGUCUCUCCUGCUCAAUUCAGCCCAGUCAGGCAGUGCUGGACGCCCCUUGGCUGAGGAUGUAUUCGUGCAUGUGGACAUGAGUGGGGAUGCUCCAGGUGACUCAGCCAGCCCCCCCGCCCCUGGCAGUCCCUCUCCACAACCCAAUGGGGAAUGCUGCUCUGUGAGUACUACAGGAGGCUCCCCAGAGGAGGAGCUGCCCCUGCCAGCCUUUGAGAAGUUGAGUCCCUACCCUACCCCAUCUCCACCACAUCCAUUGUAUCCUGGUCGGAAGGUAAUAGAGUUUUCUGAGGAUAAGAUUCGAAUUCCACGCAACAGCCCCCUACCCAACUGUACUUAUGCCACUCGGCAGGCCAUUUCCCUGAGCCUGGUGGAGGAGGGGAGUGAGCGGGUCCACCGCAGCCCAGUGCCUAGCAAUCCUGCCUCAGCCCAAGGCUCACCCCAUCACCACCCUAGUCCAGCCCCCUCAGCACUCAGUGCCCCAGCCAGCUCUGCCAGCUCUGAGGAGGACCUGCUGGCCAGCUGGCAGCGUGCAUUUGUGGACCGCACCCCGCCUCCCGCUGCUGUGGUCCAGCGCACAGCCUUUGGGCGGGAUGCACUUCCUGAGCUACAGCUCCAUUUCUCGCCGAGCCCCGCGGAGGCCCUGCCACCGUCCCCACACCGUGAGAGUGGACUGCUGCUACCAACAGAGCCUGACUCUGCCUUUCCCAGGGAGGAGGAAGAGGACAUGCUGAAUCUGCCUGUCAGCCCUGAGGAAGAGCGCCAGAGCCUGCUGCCUGGUAAUGAGGGUGCAGAGGAUGGACCUCACACUUCCCACAUUGAUGGCAGGGCCUGGCCACUCCGCAGUUCCAGCCGCCCUCAGCGCAGCCCCAAGAGGAUGGGGGUGCACCACCUGCACCGCAAGGACAGCCUGACGCAGGCGCAGGAACAGGGCACCCUGCUCAGCUAAGCCCACUGCCUCCCUGCCACCACCUCUUGGGGCUGCAUGCGGCUGACUCCUGAACUCUCCUCAGACCUGGGUAGCUCUGUGUCCUAUGUGAAUGGGGCCCACACCAAAUCUUGCAGCUGCAUUGGCACCGAUUGGUGCCAGCUUGCCUCCUGAGACUUUCUUUUCCUCUUGGAAUACUUAUUCUCCAAAGGUAGUAAGUCAUUUGAGUCCCAAGUCAGUCCAGGAGUUAUCACGGGGAGGCGCCCGGCUUCCAGUGUUCUUUUUCCAUUCUCCUUUCCUAUCCAGGAGCUUUGGUUGUCGGGGGCAGUAUCAUUGAUGCUACUGACCUCCGAGUACUCUUUUCCUCUGCAUGAGCUACUCUUUGGCCUGGCCCAGCUGGACCUAGGGACAAGGGUGGACUCACUCAGGGCUCUCCUCAGCUGUUCCCACCGUCCCUUCCAGAGAGAGGGUGGGACUUUAGGGGCCUCAAGCUAGGCUCCAGGUGAGGCCUGGCCCCCUCUUAACCUUGGCUCUAGACUGUUACUCCCAGAUUGGGGAAAUUUUCACAUUAAUGACUGUUUUAAAAUCAAAUAAAACUUAUUUUAUAGGUA